AGGUUGGCGGCAGAUUCUGCUACUACUUCUUUGUCUUCGCUGAGGUCAUUGCCGUCAACACCAAGAAGAACUAUCAUCACCACUAAUUCAUUAUCAGACCGAAGCAAACCUCCCACUAUAAUCAUAUUCUCAGAUAGUUCAUCUGCGGCUGACUGUGUCAAAGUAGCACUAGAAACGGCCCUCACGAGAGACAUGUAUACGAUUCAUAUCUUGAGCUUCUCCCAGAUGCAUACAACUCCAUGGCUGAGUCAAACUUGCUUGGUUAUAGUUCAUGGCAACGUUCCCCCUUCCUUUACUGAGGGAAUCACCAAUUACGUUCUAGAAAGUAACGGAUCAGUGUUGUGCCUUUGUUCUGACUAUUUAGGUUCCGUGUUGCCGAUGUUCCAUACCGCUGAGGUACGGCCUAAUGAACUUGUGCAGUGCUCUUACAAAAGCUGGAAGCAUGUUCCUCUAAUGCAUCAUUUGUUCUGCUACCAGCCGUCUCCGUCCAUUCCACAGUUCUCACAUGAUGAACAAACCAGUUUGAGUGUCAUACCGGAUUCUGUUGAAGUUAAAGAUAGUAAAGGAAAUUCGCACAAGUUGAAGGUAGAAGUACUCGGUGCAGAAGAGACCUGGCAAACCCCCAGUUUGCUCUUGGUAUCGCUCAACGAUUCAGCAAAGAUGGUCUUCUCUCAGGUCCAUUUAGAAGUUGACCCAGAGCAUUUUGAGAGUGAUGUAUCCAAUCGUGACGCACUUGUCAAAAGUAACAAAGCUCGUCUCGAAAUUUUGCUGGACGUCCUUGGCAAUGUUCUCGGCCUCGAGUGUAUAUCAGGCCAAAAAGAAGUGGACUAUUCUCUCGCCUACUUUCUCGGAAACCAUGAGGUAAAACAAGAUCUGUUGGAUAAACUUAAGAAUGAUGGUUUUUUGGAGAGCAACUUGUCUUUGAAGGCUGGUAGAAUUACGCUGAAGUUCUGUGGAAAGGGAGUGAGCCCUCCACCGGCGACGUCAUCCGUACUGCCUGUCCUAAUGCACGCCUGUCCUCAGACUUUUUCGACGUUUGAUUACUUUGAGAACUUGAAGACUGAAAAAAUUGGACGUCUAGUUAUUUUUUCUGAUGUUUUGACUUCAUCCAUGGACAUUGUUCAAAAUGUAAAUUUUUGCCAUGGUUUUACUGUCAUACCUUAUUAUCAAACUAAAGGAAAAGGCCGAGGCGGUAACACUUGGUUAAGCCCAAAGGGUUGCGCUAUGUUUUCAAUACAGAUACAUGUGCCAUUGAAUAGCGUCGUCGGAAGACAUUUACCGUUGCUACAACAUGUGGUCAGCCUGGCCAUUGUUACGAGCAUCUGCCAGCUCCCUGGUUUAGAAGGAUUAGAUAUUGGAGUAAAAUGGCCGAAUGAUAUAUAUGCCAAUAAAAAGCACAAACUCGGAGGUGUAUUAGUGACCAGCACAGUUAUCAACAACACUGCCAUCUGCAAUAUUGGUUGUGGUUUAAAUUUAAAAAAUGAAGAGCCGACCGUUUGUGUCCAUGAACUGAUCAAAAGAAUGAACAAGCAAUUAUCAACAAAUUUGGAACCAAUAUCGUAUGAAAAGUACUUUGCUAAUGUGUUCAAUAAAAUAGAGGAGAUGUUUAAUUUAAUUGAAUCGACUGGAAAUCUAGACAACUUUCUACCAAUUUACUACAAUUAUUGGUUACACAGUGAUGCUGAUGUAGAAAUACGGACAACAGACGGCGAGUCGAAAAAUGCCAAGGUGAAAGGGAUCGAUUCGUCUGGAUAUUUAUUGGUAGAGCUGCCCGGAGGCGUUGAGACUGUUGUACACCCCGACGGAAAUACGUUCGACAUGUUGGCUGGCCUCAUCGUUCCCAAGUUCUCCAGUUCGUAAGGCAGUAGCAUUAAGUAUGGAAUUAGGGGAUUCCCCGAUCCAAUUACCUAUUUGAUGUUUGCCUUAUUUAAAAUCGUAGAUUUAUUUACAAUUUUUAAAAGUGUAUUAGUCAUUUAACAAACACUUAGGUAUUUAUUUUUAUUACACUGUUGUUUGUUAUUAGUUUAUUAAUAAUAAAUUCUUCCAUGACUAAGUUAACAAUUCACUUGGUUAUAAUUAGUUAGUAUCGAUUAGUAAUGUUUAGAAACUAACAAAGCUUUGUUGUUUGGGAGGGAAAAGAGGAAGGAAUGGAUGUAUUCCUAGACUUCCGCGAAUUGCACAUAUUAAUUUAUUAGGACCACUUGUGUUCAAUUAACACACAAAAUAAUCUAAUUUUGUGUAAAUUACUUAAAUUUCAAUAUUAUAAUUUUUUUUCCCAUAAUUUUAUUGACCGAGGUUUCAUCAUUUACUACCUGGUUUACUUCUUUUUUCUGAAUACGAAUGCGACAUGGGAGGAAAUGAACUGUCAAAAGGUCUGAUUAAUUAUAAGGGUUUAAGUGCUGUUGAAGAAAUAUUGGGAAUUAAAAUAUUUCAUGAAAAAAAUGUUGAUGGUUUUUCCGACUUGUGAUUUUGAUAAAUUUUUCCUCCAAAAGUGUCUGUUAUACUAAAACGCAUAAAUUGAGGAGUUGUCCUUAGCUCUUUAAAUGAUUUUGUACUUAAUUUGUAAUCUAAUUUUCCAUUAUUUAUCAUUUUUUACCUGUUGAACAGGAUAUAAUAGAUAAACAUUUACACAAACAAAAAUAGAAUAUAUCAUUGAUUAAUUGUAAAAAGUCAUCCAAGUACAUUUUUUAUGAAGUUAAACUUCUUGGUAUGUUUUACCAAAUUACCACCUUAUUUAUCAGGAAGUCAUAAAAAUGACACAAACUUUUUAACUGUUAAAUGUAGUUAUACUAAACGCACAAUUUUCUGAUUAUAAUUAGGGAAAGAUCAUCAAAGUAUUGGGUUGGCAAAUAAGUCCUUUCAUUUUUUCAUGUAUUCACCUAUCUUUCCACUAAUUGCAUAGUGCUAUAUUCGUAGAAGGUCUAGAGUUUGUAGUAAAAAAACUGAUCUAAGCAGUUUUUGAUAUGAUGUUUUGUAAUUUCUUUCAAUUCAUAGAGUUCUGCAGAGAUAUGAAUAAAUGGUAGUCUCUUGGAACUAGGUCUUGUGAAUAUGGUGGGUGAGUUAAAAUGCCCAGGA